AUGACGGAGGCAGGUACAACAGUUGGUGAAAACGAGGACAAUUGGCAAAUGUUCGAUGACCUUUUAAUCGACGAAGACCUUACUUCCGAGGAUGACGAGGUCUGCAUAGAUCCUAUGCUUUUGGAACCUCAGGCCAACCUCGUAGAGACGCAAGGCGUGAAACGCUUUUCGUAUCCACCACAUGAUGGCCAAGAAAGGUGCCACUCGAUGACCUCCAAGUCUCUAUCGCUUACUUACCCAAGGGAAGUGAUCGAUAAGGGGGGAAACGCUGGGAAGGACACCAGUGUGGCAGGCAUUUGCAUGCUAUCCACCGCGAUCAAGAUGCAUGGCCCCGAACCAAACAACAGAAAGUCCGCUCUGGCGUCGGCUGAGAGAGAGCAGUGGGAGCAGGCCAUGCAGGAAGAAUAUAACAGUCUGAUGGAAAAUCAGACCUGGAGAGUAGUGAAACGACCAGCAGAUCGAAAGGUACUGACCGGCCGGUGGGUCUUCAAACGAAAACUUGGUUCCAACGGGGAAGUCGCUCGACACAAGGCAAGAUUUGUCGUGCGGGGUUUCUCGCAGAUAUACGGUCUAGAUUUUGACGAAACCUAUGCCUCAGUAGUGAAGUCGGCAUCCUACCGAAUACUCUUUGCACUCCAAGCUCGAUACGGAUGGAAGUGCCACCAGAUGGACAUUAAGACGGCUUUCCUCAAUGGCAAUCUGGAGCACGAGAUUUUUGUCGAACCACCAGAAGGCUACCCUGAAGCAAAAAAUCAAGUUCUCAAACUAUGCAAGUCCCUGUAUGGACUAAAGCAGGCACCAAGACAGUGGUACUUCAAACUCAGGGCUUUCCUCGAAGAAAGUGGUUGGAGAGUCUCAAACUUCGACCCGUCCGUGUUCAUUCAGGAUGAUGAGAACCUCAUCAUGGAAGUCUAUGUCGACGAUAUCAACAUAUUUGGCAUGAAUGAGAAUCGAAUCAUAGCCAUGAAGCACCAACUGGCUGCACGUUUCAACAUGACUGACCUUGGUCUUUGUGCCUAUUACUUGGGGAUGCAUGUGCGACAAGAAACAAAUGGCGACCUCCAUUUGCAUCAAGGAUCGUACAUCCAACAGAUCCUCGAACGGUAUGGACUGCAAGGCAUCCAUCCACGAAGGACACCCAUGAGAACAAACCUGAAAAUGACCAAGAACGACGGUCACCCUCAGUCCCUCGAUUUUCAACGACGAUAUCAAUCCAAGGUUGGAGCACUCAAUUAUGCAAUGGUGGUCACGCGUCCAGAUAUUGCCGAAGCAGUGGGAGUCGUCUCCAGGUUUUGCGCGAAUCCGACUGAAGAACACAUGAAAGCAGUUGAUGAUAUCUAUGCUUACUUGAAACACACGCCCAACCUUGGCCUCCAUUUCAAGAGGGACUGUCCAGACCGAGAAUUGCAUGCUUAUGUCGAUGCAGACUGGGCAGGGUGCCCAGAUACGCGAAGAUCUACAACAGGCUAUGUGAUUAAACUAGCCGGAAGUCCUGUGUCGUGGUCAUCUCGAAGACAAAGGACCGUAGCCAUGUCAACCUGCGAAGCUGAAUAUGUAGCUGGCUAUAAGGCCACUCAGGAAAUCAUCUGGAUUCAAAACAUGAUCAACGAUCUUCGCAUCGAAGCCCUGGAAGUGACGUCAACUCCACUUUUGAUUGACAAUAAUGCUGCGCUCAAGUUGACCCGCAACCCUGAGUUGCAUGAUCGCACAAAACACAUCGAAUUAAAAUACCAUUUUCUGCGAGAAAUGACGCUCAGUGGGAGAAUUAAUGCUCAAAGGGUUAGCACCAAGGACAAUCAGGCAGAUCUCCUCACGAAGCCGCUCCCCAGGGACGCUCAUGAAAAUCUAACAAGGGGACUCGGGAUGGACAAGAGCUUUUGUACUGAACUCGUCACCUGCGGUUAG